AUGCUAUCUGAGGGUCCACAAUUGAAAAUGCUCACGUUACAAGAUUUACCGGUACAUAUCAUCCAGAAAGUAUUUGUAUUAUCUGGGAAUGGGACUGCCAUGCCAAUUUUGAAUAAAACAUUUUAUAAUUGUCUUCGACCAACGGAUGCAUUGGUAAAUACUUUCUUUUGGGAGAAUUUCACUUACGAUUUAUCGAGGGCUCCAUUGUUAGAAGAGCAUGAAAAGACUCACAUGCCACUUGCUCAUAUUGAAACUUUAUUUGACUAUCCAAUGUUUAGAAAUUACAUCACAGUUCAUUACGACUCUGUAUUUGAUCAAAAUGAUAUCUUCUUUAUCAAUGAACGCCAAUAUAAAAUGAUAACAGAAAAUGUCGAUGAUAGAUGGUUGAAAACUCUCGAACACGUAAGAAAUGAAAUCUCCAAAGGCGGAAAUGAUAAUGAUUGGUGGUAUAACAUACUUUACGGUUUAGAUUUUUAUGACUCUAGUUGGCUUCCAUUAACCGUAAGAAAAAAUAUGGAAUUAUUGUUCGUUUCUGACGCAUAUGCUGAUACAAUAUUCCAAAUUUUCAACUAUGAUGGUGAAUCUGGAUAUCGCUUUGUACCUUUUAUAGUAGAAUGGUUUGUAAAUGCCGACCAUACUUUUACAAUGAAUGACCUCUUCGCGAUGAUUGACUUUGCGCAAUACGCAGCACUUGAUUCGUUUAUGCAUGGAGAAUUGGAUGAGACCUUGGAAUAUAUUAUGACAGGUUAUAAUAUGCGUCAUUUUGUAAAAAAUUUCAAAGAGAGCAAUGAUAAUGAAUAUGAAAGUUACGAUGACUAUAGAGUAAGCUUUAUGAAGUCACUCUUAGCGCAUUACUGCUGUAUCCCUGAAACGGGGCCCAUGCAUUCUUAUGCAUGUGAAGAUGAAUGUCCAGUAUUAUAUAGUUUAAUAUAUGCAGACAAUGAUACAACAUCCUUUCUGAAACAACUGUAUCUUGAGUUCGCAAAAAGGGAACUUUGGAUACCUGCAUUACAGGUUAGGUUUAGUAGAGAUGAGCAUCAUUUAGGUAGCGAUUCUCCCGGUUGCUAUAAUGGUAAACACUAUAAAAUGAUGAGUUAA